AUGCCUUCUCUCCUAUCCCUCGUCCUGUUCGCAGCAGGCCUGACAACCGCUCAAAACUUCACCCAAUCAAUCGCUCCCUCGGCAACAGUCAAUGGAUCCGCCAUCCCGAACUCAUCGCUUUACACCACCUCCCUGACCAUCAACGUGGAAGACUUCUGGAACCUCCGCGUAGGGCCCGUCUCCAGCGCCAACACCACCACCACCGUCCCUGCAACCCCAGUCCCAUCGGUCUCUCUCAUCCCACCACCGCCACUCUACUACUCUCCCUUCCCGACCGGCGAAACAACGUUUCCGGAGCAGAAGAACGAAUCCUGGUCCUUCCCCAGCUCCUUCCUCUGGGGCGUCGCAGGCGCAGCCUACCAAAUCGAGGGAGCAGCAAAGACAGAUGGCCGUGGUCCUUCGGUUUGGGAUAAGCUCUCCCGGGUCCCUAACUAUGUCGUGAACAACUACACCGCGGACAUCACGGAUAAUAACUAUUUCUUGUAUAGGCAGGAUAUCGCCCGUAUAGCGGCUCUGGGCGCGAACACGUAUAGUUUUAGCAUUAGCUGGAGUAGGAUCAUGCCGUUUGGGAAGGGUCAGGUGAAUCCGGAGGGGUUGAAGCAUUAUGCGGAUGUUCUUGAUGCUUGUGUUGAGUAUGGGCUGGAGCCGGUCGUUACGCUUUAUCAUUGGGAUACGCCGCUGUUUUUGCAGGAUACGUAUGGAGGUGAGUAGAAAUCUUCUUCGGAGAGAAAUUGAUGAAGGCCGUGCUGAUUUUGGUCGCGAUAGGUUGGCUGAGCGAACAGAUUGUCGAGGACUUUGUGGAAUAUGCACGUGUGGUCUAUGCUUCGUACGGAGAUCGGGUGAAGUAUUGGUAUGAAAGACCUGCACGGCUCCAUCAAAGGGCUACGACUGACGUCUCUUUAAACACAGGCUCACCGUGAACGAGCCCAUCGUCUUCUGUGGCCAAUAUCCGCUGCCAGCACAGUACUUCAAGAACUUCACCAUCCCCAACGUCCAGCAACCCUACUGGUGCGGCCACCACGUCCUACUAGCUCACUCCCAAGCCUACCGCCUGGGAAAACAACUAAUGCCCAGCUCCAUGAUCUCCUACAAGAACAGCGGCGGCUACAAGAUUCCCCUGACAAAUGCCUCCGCAGACGCCGAAGCCGUCGAGCGCGCCUGGGCCUUCACCGAAGGCUGGUUCUCCGACCCCGUCUACCUCACCGGCGACUAUCCCUCCCAACUCAAAGCUUUCGUCUCCCGCUUCCUGCCCGACUUCACGCCAGAGCAGAAACACACCCUCAACGGCUCCGCGGAUUUCUACGCCCAUGACGCCUACACCGCCCAAUUCUACUCGGCCCCCGACACCGGAAUCGAUGCUUGCGUACAGAACAUCUCGAACCCGCUCUAUCCCUCCUGCACCAACACCACCUACACCUCCGCCCCUGCCUCCGGCAGCUGGCUCAUGGGCGCGGCCGCAGACCCGGGCGCUCCCUGGCUGCACCGAGCCACAGAAUGGCUGCCGGCCUUCCUCACGGCCCUGCAAACCCGCUGGCCUUCGCCGGGCGGCAUCGCCAUCACGGAAUUCGGAUUCGCGGAACCGUACGAGUCUCGAAAGACUCUCCUCCAGGACAUCCUCUACGAUCCCGUACGCAUGGGCUAUUUCCACGAUUACAUGCGCGCCGUGCUGGCCGCCAUGGCGGGUGGUGUGCAUGUCCUCGGCACGUGGGCGUGGAGUUUUGUGGAUAAUUAUGAGGUGAGUUUUCUUCCCUUUUCUUUCCCAUCUAUCUUGAUCCAAAGCAGUGAAGAAAGAGAGUGAGUGAGGGGAUGGCUAAAAAGAUUUUGGUGCUUACGCGCGUGUAUGUAUCUAGUGGGCACAAGGCUUCUCCGUCACCUUUGGCAUGCAAUAUGUCAAUUUCUCGCACCCUGCGUUGCCGAGGUAUUACAAGGCGAGUUUCUUUGA